AUGGUCCUUAAACUCUCGUUUGCAUGUUGGGACUACGACCGCAUGAAGGCUAUAGAGGAUGGAUCGGUAUGUGCAGAAGGAAUCGAAUUGAACUUUUUGAACUACCGCGUUGAAGAAACACAGCUACGAUUUCACGAGUUCGAUGUCUCGGAGCUGUCCCUGUCCUCGUACGUCCUCACCCUCAACCAGGACAACCCUCCCUUCAUCGCAUUGCCGGUUUUCCCAUCACGCUUCUUUCGGCAUCAAUCUAUGUACAUCAACACGAAUUCGGGUGUCAGACAGCCUUCAGAUUUGCGACACAAGCGUAUCGGCACUCCUGAGUACCAAAUGACGGCCGCAGUAUGGCAGCGUGGAAUCAUGGAGGAAGAGUUCGGGGUCCCUAUCACCGAGGUUGAGUUCUUCAGCGGCGCCAUGGAGCCUUCCAGCGAGGAGCGCAAGAGCAAAGUCCCUCAUUCUCUACCGCCAGGCGUGCGGGUCAACGCCAUCAAGCCCGGCCAGAACCUGUCCCAAAUGCUCGAGGACGGCGAGAUCGACGCCAUCUUUAGCGCCUCAAAGCCUUCUAGCGUCGACCGUUGCGAUCACUGCACAUACCUCUUCCCACACUUCAAGCACGUCGAGGCCGACUACUACCGGCGAACAAAGAUAUUCCCCAUCAUGCACGUCAUCGCUGUUAAGCGUUCUGUAUACGAGAGCAACCCUUGGAUUGCCAGGUCCCUGCAAAAGGCAUUUGCGCGGUCUAUGCAGGUGGCUGAAAAUGCUCUGAGGGAUCGGUCGGCCCUACGCUACAUGCUCCCUUGGCUCGAGGACCAUGUGCGCGAGACCACAAGCCACAUGGGGGAAGAGCGGUAUUGGCAAGACGGUUUCGCUCAGAAUAGGCACGUUAUUGAGAAAUUCCUUGAGUAUUCUUACAGUCAAGGGCUCGCAGCAAGGCGGUUCAAGCCCGAGGAACUAUUUGCCCCGAACACGCUGGAGGCGUUUGUGCUGUAG